AUGUCAUCCAAUUCAUCACCACCCCAUCAGCAAAAAAAAGAGAGAUCUAGCAAGAAGAGAGUCUUAGAUAGUCAACUUAAUCCGGAUGUAGCGGUUGCGCCAGAUGUCGAUAGUGGUGACUCAGAGGUUAGCCAAGGAGAACACGAAGAACUGAAGCAUGAACAUAAAUUGGGAUCUUCAACUAAUGAACCAUUAGAAAACAGGCCAUCCAAGAAGCGAAAGACUGAAGCCAGCAAAAUUGAGGUAGACAUAAAUGCUCCAAACCCGCCCUCCAAGAAAGAACUCCGGCGCCUGAAGAAAGGCAAGAAAAUACCAGCUUCUAAGACAGGUCCUACGGAUGAGAUAAAAGUAACAAAGACUGAAGCAGAAAAGCGUUCAGAGCAUGGAAUAUGGAUCGGGAAUUUGCCGUUUCAUGUUUCUUCUGAAGAUCUAAAUCAAUUCUUGGUAGAUAAUUCUGAAAUCAAAAAAGAAAUGAUUACACGAAUUCACAUGCCUCGGCCGCAUGAUGAUAAGUCACCCAAGGCCGAGGGAACUCAAAAAGUCGGAAAAACUAUUCUUAACAAAGGCUUCGCAUAUGUUGAUUUUUCUAAUGCCGACGCUGUAACUCAAGCACUUACGUUGACAGAAAAACUCCUUAAUGGCCGGCGGGUGCUAAUAAAGGAUCACAAGUCGUUUGAAGGUAGAAUCACCGAAAAGAAGCCAGAUCACCGAAGCGACGGGAAAGCACCAAGCAAAAGGGUAUUCGUAGGAAAUCUAUCGUUUGAUACCACCGAAGAUGAUUUAAAAGAGCAUUUCGAGAAAUGUGGACCCACAACUAGUAUCAAGAUGGCCACAUUUGAAGAUAGUGGAAAGUGUAAGGGCUACGCCUGGAUAGUUUUCGACAAACUAGAGUCGGCUGAAAGUGCCGUGCGUGGCUUUAUUCAAAGAGAGGAUACACAGAGCGAUUCUGAGACCGACUCAGAAGAUGAAAACCGGCCUAAUGGAACAAACUCUAACAAGCCAAUCAAAAAGAGAGUAAAAAAAGUUUGGGUCAACAGAAUCAAUGGACGGAGCUUGCGCAUGGAGUUUGCAGAAGACGCACAAGUUAGAUAUAAGAAGCGAUACGGCAAGAAGCUAGAAGUCAAAGAGAUUCCUAUGCCGAGACAGGAAUCCACUAAAUAUGGGAGUGCAAUUGUAGCAAAAACUAUCGAGUAUCGUCAGCCAUAUGCUCCAAGAUUAACGGGUGGUAUUGUUGAGUCAAAGGGAAGGAAAAUUACUUUCUAG